AUGGUGGGCAGUUCUAUAACAAAAGAUGAAUACAUUUUGGCUCUCGAAGACGCAGCAUACAAUGGGAACUUGGAUAUUGUCAAGCUGCUCCUUGACCAGGGGGCCGAUGUGAACGCUCAGGGUGGUAUAUAUGGAAAUGCUCUCCAAGCAGCUGCAUACAAAGGAAACUUAGAUGUUGCUAAGCUGCUCCUUGGCCAGGGGGCCAAUGUGAACGCCCAAGGUGGUGAAUAUAGAAGUGCUCUCCAAGCCGCAGCAUACAAUGGAAACUUGGAUAUUGUUAAGCUAUUCCUUACCCAGGGGGCUGAUAUAAAUGCCCAAGGUGGUAUAUAUGGAAAUGCUCUCCAAGCCGCAGCCUACAAUGGGAACUUGAAUGUUGCCAAGUUGCUCCUUGCCCAGGGGGCCGAAGUGAACGUCCAAGGUGGUACAUAUGGAACUGCUCUCCAAGCCGCAGCACACCGUGGAAACUUGGAUGUUGUCAAGCUGCUCCUUACCCAGGGGGCUGAUAUAAAUGCCCAAGGUGGUAUAUAUGGAAAUGCUCUCCAAGCCGCAGCCUACAAUGGGAACUUGAAUGUUGCCAAGUUGCUCCUUGCCCAGGGGGCCGAAGUGAACGUCCAAGGUGGUAUAUAUGGAAAUGCUCUCCAAGCCGCAGCCUACAAUGGGAACUUGGAUGUUGUCAAGCUGCUCCUUGCCCAGGGGGCCAAUAUUGGCCUUCAUACAGUUGAUUCUCAGCGCGCAUCAUUGCUACAUGCUGCUGUCGCUUCCAAGGACAGGGAAACUCUGAAUCUGCUUCUUGAAGCUGGCGCACAUAUCUACAUGGCCCAAACUGAUGCUUUCAACCAGACGCCACUUCAUAUUGCUGUUAUUCUAUACUAUCCAGGGGUCCUUCAAAUCCUGGAGAGUUCGUUGGAUCUAGCCGUCAAGAACGGAAAGGAGGACCCUCCUGCGCGAUGCUAUUGA